AUGGCUGCGUGUGCAUUGCCAGUUGUGAAGUGCCCAAUUGGCACGACGUCGUGGUCACUAACCAGUGCUCAGUGUCGGAGCAUUGAGCAGCGAGUUGCACGUCGAGAGCGUCGACUGAGGCCAGAACGUGCAAGACUGCAGCUUCCGUUAGCAGGAUGGAAAUCGCUACAGCAAAGACUCAUUGAUGCUGAGGGACAGAGCAUGGAAGAUGGAAAUACAGAGCAGCUGUUUCAUAUUUGCGAAGGUUCAUUGGCUCCCGUGAAGAGUGUGUAUGCAACGGAGAAUAGAGAUGGAGCAGAAAGUGAUGAUUUUGUUAAGAUUCACGGAGAGUUGGAGCCGUUUGGGCAGAUUAAUAUCGAUGUAACGCGAGGAGCCGUAGAAUCCGAUAGUGAAGAAGAGGAGAAGUGUUGA